ACCUUCGGAGAUAGUGAAAGUAUGCCGGGUGAUUUUAUUGUGAUCAAUUUCUUUGCCCUGGAAGGAUGGAGCCUUGCGGAACUAUAUCAAGUUCAAUGUGUUGUUGCUGCUCCUUAUGUUCUUCCUUAUAGAGUUUUAACAUUUUCUGUGGCCUGCGUAGCGCACCUUCAUCAUUUGAACGCCAAUUCAGACAUGAAUUUCCACUUUUGUUCAAGUACUUUCAAGAAGCGCCUGCUGAAAAGGUCAGCUGGAAAGAUGUUCAACAUUGGAUGUGGCCACUCUUUUCAGAAGAUUGGGGCUCAUGGAGAAGUGAUUGUUUGAAUCUAAGCCCUUUACCAUUCAUGGUCCGUAAUUGUCAAGUGUCAACUGAUAUGAUUUCACCAAAUAAGUAUUUUCAAACACCUCCACUGUUAUUCGAAGUAUAUUUGUUACUUGUUGAUUUUGAAACUCAUGCUUAAUGGGCGCAGGAUCCAGUAACAAAUCUUCCCAUGUGGCACAUGCUGGUGCAGUCACCCUUGUUAUUGUAAGGUUCAGAUACUCUAUCAUUAAGGAUGUUGUUCAUAAGACUACAGUUAUAGGAAAGAUGUGUUGGUAAUCUUUUUUGUUUUAAUGACCAUAGUUAUCCAAUAGUUAUCCAGCUUGUUUAAACCAUUGAUCUCUUCCAAUUAUGAAAAUUUACCCUCA